AUGGUUUCUCUCCGCUCCCGUGAUUUGAAGAGAGGGGGUAAGAGGGGCACCUUGGAGAGAAGGAUCCACUUGAAGCUGAGGAACCAGACCCCAGCAGCUGUCCGAGAACUUGUUCUGGACAACUGCAAGUCAAAUGAUGGAAAAAUUGAGGAUUUAAUAGCUGAAUUUGUGAACUUAGAGUUCCUCAGUUUAAUAAAUGCAGGCUUGAUUUCAUUUUCAAAUCUUCCCAAAUUACCGAAAUUGAAAAAGCUUGAGCUCAGUGAAAAUAGAAUCUUUGGAGGUCUGGACAUAUUAGCAGAAAAACUUCCAAAACUCACGCACCUAAACUUGAGUGGAAAUAAACUGAAGGAUAUCAGCACCUUGGAACCCUUGAAAAAAUUGGAGAAUCUGAAAAGCCUGGAUCUGUUUAACUGUGAGGUUACCAACUUGAAUGAUUACCGAGAGAGUGUCUUCAAGCUCCUCCCCCAGCUGACCUAUCUGGAUGGCUAUGACCAAGAGGACCAGGAAGCCCCUGACUCAGACGCUGAGGUGGAUGGUGUGGACGAUGAAGGGGAGGAUGAAGGAGAGGAUGAGGAGGAUGAAGAGGAUGAUUUUUAUGACAAAGAGGAUGAAGAAGAAGAUGUAGAAGGUGAAGAAGAUGAAGAUGAAGUUAGCGGGGAGGAAGAAGAAUUUGGACAUGAUGGAGAAGUUGAUGAAGAAGAUGAGGAUGAAGAUGAAGAUGAGGAAGAAAGUGGGAAAGGUGAGAAGAGGAAGAGAGAAACAGAUGAUGAAGGAGAAGAUGAUUAA